AUAUAUUCCCAUUAACGCUCUAGUUUCUCUCACAUCUUGUAUAUAUAUAAUUAUAUUUACAUUCACCAUCUUCAUAUAAUAAUUCUUCCGGUGAAACCAUUCUCAUUGUGAAAAAAUGGCAGCUUCUUCAACCAUUGUGUGUUUUGGGGAGAUGUUGAUCGAUUUCGUCCCCGACACCGCCGGGGUCUCCUUAGCCGAGUCUCAGGGAUUCCUCAAAGCCCCCGGUGGUGCACCCGCUAACGUUGCGUGUUCCAUCUCUAAGCUCGGUGGAUCGGCUGCCUUCAUUGGCAAGGUUGGGAAAGAUGAAUUUGGGUACAUGUUGGCUGACAUUCUAAAGAAGAACGGAGUGAAUGCCGAAGGGGUGUUGUUUGAUGAGCAUGCUAGGACGGCUUUAGCGUUCGUGACGCUAAAGAAAGAUGGCGAAAGGGAAUUUAUGUUUUAUAGGAACCCGAGCGCAGACAUGCUCCUAAAAGAGUCUGAGCUCAAGAUGGACUUGAUCAAAAAAGCCAAGAUCUUUCAUUAUGGCUCAAUCAGUCUCAUCACCGAGCCAUGUAGAUCUGCUCACAUGGCGGCCAUGAAGGCCGCCAAGCAGGCUGGGGUCUUGCUCUCAUACGACCCCAAUGUCCGCCUUCCUCUUUGGCCUUCAGCUGAGGCCGCUAGGCAAGGCAUCAAGAGCAUUUGGAACGAGGCGGAUUUCAUCAAGGUGAGUGAUGAUGAGGUGGAAUUCUUGACACAAAAGAGUCCGGAUAAUGAGGAAGCCAUCAAGUCUUUGUGGCAUGAUGGGUUGAAACUUUUGGUUGUUACUGAUGGCGAGAAGGGUUGUCGUUAUUAUACCAAGAGCUUUAAGGGAAAAGUGCCUGGUUACGCGGUCAAGGCCAUUGACACAACUGGAGCCGGAGACUCUUUUGUUGGCUCGUUAUUGGUUUCGAUGGCAAAAGACACUUCUAUUUUUACGGAUGAAGCGAAGUUGAAGCAGGCGCUAGCCUUUUCAAAUGCGUGUGGAGCAAUAUGCACGACAAAGAAAGGAGCCAUCCCAGCGCUACCAACCGUAUCUGAUGCGCAAGCUCUCAUGUCGGGUUCCAAAUAGAUGGUGAAUACAUCCAUGGGUCAUGUUUUGUUUUUGCGAGACUUUUGAAUGAUUUUGAAGCUAAUUGUUUUGAAAACAUGUUUGAAACUUAAUUGUUUUUGUUUGGAUGAUUCAAACCGUAAAAUAAGUAUAUCUUGAUUUGGAUUAAAGAUGUAUUUUGUGAGUUUGGAUGUAA